AGAAUGUGUAAUCAUUGUGAUAUUGUAAUGUUCAGCUUUCAUUUUUUGUUAAGGUUUUAAACUUCUUAAACUAGAUUAUGCUGUGGCUCGCUGAAUUUGCUUUUUUCAUUUGGUUUUUAGGUAAUGGGACAUGAAUCUCUUAGUAAUGAGGAGUUUGAAACAUGGAAGGUAUGGGUAGACUCUCCAGCUUCAACCUUACCUCCACAGGAAGUUAAAGUGUUCAGCCCAGACUAUGUGACUGUGGACCGAGAUACAGCUGUCAAAGAUUUCAAGAAGCGUAUCAAGCACUACGAGGAUGCAUAUGAACCGCUUUCAUUCGAAAAAGAGGGGCAUCUAUCAUUUAUCAAGAUCAUCAAUGCUGGAGAACAGUACAUGAUAAACGGCAUUGAUGGUUACCUUCAAAGCAGAGCAGUCUAUUUUUUGAUGAACUCCCACAUCAAGAAGAGAUCAAUAUAUCUUGCCAGGCACGGUGAAAGUGAAUUUACUGUUCAAAAGAGACUUGGGGGAGAUUCUGAUCUGACAGCUAAAGGAGAAGAGUUUUCUUCAGCACUGGCGAAAUUCAUCGAAGAUGAGAAAAUCAAAGAUUUGAAGGUUUGGACAAGUGAGUUAAAAAGGGAGGUGGAUACAGCUCAGUAUCUCAAAGGUGUGACGACUGAGAGAUGGAAGGCACUCAACGAAAUGGACCAUGGUAUCUAUGAUGGAAUGACUCUGGAUGAGAUAAAAAAGAUGGACCCUGAAGAACACAAAGUUAUUGAAGAACAUCCGUUUAAUUAUCGAUACCCCAGUGGAGAGUCGUACAGUGACGUGUGCGCUCGACUAGAACCAGUUAUAAUGAAAUUAGAAAGGCAGUCCAAUGUCUUGGUCAUUUGUCACGAGGCUAUCCUGCAGUGUCUUAUGGCAUACUUCCUAGACCACAGUUCAGGAGAACUUCCAAAUCUUCACUUUCCUCUUCACACAGUCUUCAAAUUGACGCCAAUUGCUUAUGGCUGCAGAGUAGAGAGGUAUCCACACUCCCCCGUGACUGGGACAAGCCUACCUGGUUCGGGAAGUACAUAAAGGCUCAAAGGAAGAACACAAGACGACGCCACAUCUACGCUCAUUUAUACUUAGAGGAUGUAACAUAAAACUCGUGAUACUGGCAGAGCCUCGUCGUAGGAAUCGAAUUCACCAUUACAAGUCGGUAGACAUUAUUCCGUCACCUGGUUGAUCUGUGAAUUACAUGCUCUUCCCUAAUUGGUCGGAGUUUCAUAAGCAGUUAGGGACAGUAACUUAAGCAGUAUUGAUCAAGCCUGCUUACAUGUUCAGGAGCUCUCAACUUUAGUU